UGGCGGAUAAGAAUACCUAUAUCUUUAGUGCUCUAGCCAAACUGGAGUGACUGCGAGGAGUGCCAGGACUGUCAGGAGUGGCCAGGAGUGCCAGGUAUUGCCGUGUUGCUGGUGCUGCCAGGACGGGAGGGAGCCAUGAAGGGAGCAUCGAGGAAGCGUCGAGGAAGCAUCGAGGAAGCGGGUCAAAACAAGCGAUGCUCAAGCUGAACGAAGGCUCGUGUCGCGUGCCUUUGUUGGUUGCCGCUCACCGCUGUUUCGCGAGAGAGGAACGAAAGGGAGAAGCGCGUGAGAUCGAUUCGUUCCCAAAUUUUAUCUCUGCUUUUCUUCCAAGAGAUAUCUCCUAAGUCGCGUAAUACUGAGGUUCUCCGCGGCGUCUCUUGCCGCCUGUCAAGUGUCACUCCUAAUAGUCCUAAUUCGAAUUUCGAGCAACGACGAUGUAGACAUCCUCGGCCGCCGCGUGCGGGGAUGUCGGCAGUGUCGGCAGUGUCGGCACGGCCACUCGUGAAUCUCACCAUCAUCGACGACCGCAAUCACGAGCAACGCAAUUCCGCAAACGUACGGAAUCUUAUCCUUCUUGGGAGAUGUCUUGCAGCGAUGGCACGCGCCCGACCCGUAAGUUCGGCACAAAGUCGCCGAAGAAGCUCUGCGUAACCAAGAGCGAGAACGGUGAGAAAACCACGACGACCAUCAGCUGUGCCGGCCACCGUCACAAUCAUCACUAUCAUCACGGCCAUCAUCGCUUCCUAGACGGCUCCUCUCAGCCCUCGGUACACAAGCGCAAUCUCUACAUUGUCUCCUUUCCCCUGAUACUGCUGUUCAAUGUCCUGCGCACUCUGCUGUAUCAGUUGUUUGUGGUGUUCAAGUACCUGUAUACCUCCACGUCUCAGCUGAUCCAGCGCAGACAGGCGUCCAAACAAGCCUGUCAAUUGGAGAUUGUCGUGGGACAAAAGCCAACGGAUGGUCGUUUGGUGAUCAAUGGUAAUCGACUAGAAGGCGAGACCAUGUCGCAAGUGCCUAGACGUCCUAUCGGGCCAGGACCCGGGGAUCCAUUGCUAGCUAAGCAAAAGCACCAUCAUCGCAGAGCGUUUGAAUUUAUUAGCAAAGCGCUCAAAAUCGACGAGGAUAAUGAAGGACAAAAAGAAAUGGCGAUAGAAUUGUACAAAAAGGGAAUUGGAGAAUUGGAGAAAGGAAUAGCUGUAGAAUGCACUGGUGGACACGGCGAGGUAUGGGAGCACGCCCAAAGACUUCACGAUAAGAUGUGUACGAAUCUGGCAAUGGCAAAAGACAGGCUCGAUUUCCUUGCAUCUGGUAGGAAACUAUCGGUCCCUGGUAAAAGAAUAACAGGAACACCCCUAAGUAAGAGCCAGACAUUGCCUCGAAGUAUGGGUAGAUCGAUGCCUAUUCAACCUUGCCACCGAACCAUGCCUAUCAAACCGUCCUCCACACCACCCUCUGUAAAAAGACAACUGUCUGUACCGGGCAACGGUUCACCUAUAAGACGUCCAGGAACACCGACCACUUCGAACAGUAACAGGAGCACACCAACGAGAAAAGUACCCAUUUUAAAAGGCGUAGAUCCAAAACUCGCGCAAGUGAUUCUCGACGAAAUCUUGGAAGGAGGAGCACCAGUGCAAUGGGAAGACAUUGCUGGCCAAGAGACCGCAAAGCAGGCUUUACAAGAGAUGGUAAUCCUACCAUCGCUAAGACCUGAGCUAUUUACCGGUCUGCGAACACCCGCGAGAGGAUUAUUAUUGUUCGGGCCACCAGGAAACGGAAAGACAUUGUUGGCGCGUGCUGUUGCGACUCAAUGCAAUGCAACAUUUUUUUCAAUCUCUGCAGCUAGUCUCACGUCGAAAUAUGUUGGAGAGGGUGAAAAAUUAGUGAGAGCUCUGUUUACCAUUGCUCGAGAGUUUCAGCCCUCUGUUAUUUUCAUCGAUGAAGUGGAUUCAUUAUUGAGCGAGCGUAAAGAUAACGAACACGAAGCUUCGAGGAGGCUAAAAACAGAAUUCUUAGUCGAAUUUGAUGGUUUGCCAUGCAAUCCAGAAGAAAGAGUGCUCGUUAUGGCUGCUACAAAUAGACCGCAGGAAUUAGAUGAGGCUGCAUUAAGGCGAUUUACAAAACGCGUAUAUGUUACGUUACCUGACUUGCAGACGAGAAUUGUGUUACUCCGAAGACUCUUGGCCAAACACAAUGAUCCAUUGACGCUCGAAGAGUUGAAUGAGAUGGCAGUUUUGACGGAAGGAUACUCGGGAAGCGAUUUAACUGGUCUAGCUAAAGAUGCAGCACUUGGGCCUAUUAGAGAAUUGAAUCCAGAUCAGGUGAAAGAAUUGGAUCUUAAUUCCGUUCGUAAUAUCACAAUGCAAGAUUUCCGUGAUUCUCUAAAGAGAAUUCGUAGAUCCGUUUCACCGGCAAGUCUAGCUGCCUAUGAGAAAUGGAACUUUGAGUAUGGAGAUGUGAGUCUUUGA